CAGCCAAGUACAAUUUGGCAUGGAAUGCUUACAUUUCCACUGUGUUUGUUUUUGAUUCUAUGCGUCUUUGAUUUAUGCUUGGAUUUGGCUUAAACUCGAGCUUUGAUCCAUUUUUGGAUUAGGUUCGAGCCUUUGAGAUGCCUAUAGAAGCAAAGAUAUUGCAGUCGAUGAUAAUAUAGCUAGUUUUCUAGGUAGCUAGGAAGAUUUCUUGGCAUUUGGGUUAACAAAGUCCAACUCCUAGAAACUAGGAUGAGGCCACCGUCCACCUAAAUCUGUUUAGUUCAUUCAAAAUGAGUGCAUUUAGGUAAAAGUGAGACCUAACAACACAACUUAAGCUUCUCAUUCUGAAAGGGUAGGCUUUGCUAAUUUUGCUCUGCAAAAGUGCAAAUCAUAUUGUAUCUAUGAUGCUGACUUCAAAGCCAAGCUUUCAAAGCUAGGUCCCCUGCCAAUUACACUCGUCCAGUCCAGUCGUCCCCAUAUGAUUUGAAAGAAGAAUCUCUCUCUCUCUCUCUCUCUCUCUCUCUCAGAAAAGGAUGACACUAUACAUGUUGUGUGGUCUACAAACUGACGUACUGUUUCUAAGAUGGACGGAGCUUCUGCAACUUUAGGAGGUUGGUUGAGCUUUUCAAUAGCCUUCUCUAAUGGAGCCAGCUGUAGUGUGUAAUAACCAGAGCAACGGCGAUGACAUCAUCCGGUGGUUUGAAGAUGUAUCGGAGAAUGCAGAGUUGGUUCAAACGCAGACGCUGAGGCGGAUACUUGAGCUGAAUUGGGGGGUGGAGUAUCUCAAGAAAUGGUUGGGGGACGUCGAAAUCAAUGAGGUGGAUGAAUGUGCAUUGGAGUCACUUUACACGUCUUUGGUACCGCUUGUUUCACAUGCGGAUUUAGAGCCUUACAUUCAGAGAAUUGCAAAUGGGGACUCAGCUCCUCUACUCACCCAACAACCUAUGACUACUCUCUCUUUGAGUUCCGGAACAACAGAAGGAAGACAGAAGUAUGUACCGUUUACUCGCCAUAGCGCACAGACUACUCUUCAAAUUUUCAGACUGGCUGCAGCUUACAGAUCAAGGGUUUAUCCAACAAGGGAAGGAGGAAAGAUCCUAGAAUUCAUAUACAGCAGCAAACAGUUCAAAACAAGGGGAGGAUUAACCGCCGGAACAGCUACAACUCACUACUAUGCUAGUCAAGAAUUCAAAAUCAAACAGGAAACGACCAAGUCAUUCACUUGCAGCCCAGAAGAAGUAAUUUCAAGUAGAGACAAUAAACAAGCUACAUAUUGUCAUCUCCUUCUUGGUCUCUUCUUCUCUGAUCAUGUAGAGUUCAUAACCUCGACGUUUGCCUACAGCAUAGUCCAGUCCUUUGUCACAUUUGAAGAGCUCUGGAGAGACUUAUGCAUUGACAUUAGAGAUGGCAGUCUGAGUAAAAGAAUCAACCUACCAAAAGUGCGAAAAGCAGUGUUGGACAUCAUCUCCCCAAACCCGAAAUUGGCAUCAAAAAUCGAAGCUGCGUGCAAGGAACUGGAAGACUUGGAUUGGUUUGGUCUGGUCCCUAAGCUUUGGCCAAAUGCCAAGUAUGUGUAUUCCAUAAUGACAGGGUCAAUGCAACCAUACUUGAAAAAACUACGGCGCUAUGCAGCUGAUGUGCCAUUGGUUAGUGCUGAGUAUGGAUCAACUGAGAGCUGGAUUGGGGUGAAUGUGGAUCCUUGUUUGCCUCCAGAGGAUGUCACUUUUGCAGUCGUGCCAACUUUUUCGUACUUCGAAUUCAUACCUCUGUAUAGACACAAGCAAGAUUGCAAUGUAGCCGUUGAUGACUUCAUAGAGGAUAAACCAGUUCCACUCUCACAAGUCAAGGUUGGACAGCAGUAUGAGAUCGUCCUCACCACCUUCACCGGACUCUAUAGGUACAGGCUAGGAGAUGUGGUAGAAGUGGCUGGAUUUCACAGGGGGACUCCAAAACUGAACUUCAUAUGCAGGAGAAAGCUUAUACUGACAGUAAACAUAGACAAAAACACUGAAAAAGACCUUCAAAUGGUGGUCGAGAGAGGGUCUCAGUUGCUGAGCAAAUCCAGAGCUGAACUAAUUGACUUUACAAGCCAUGCGGAUGUGGUGAACCAACCCGGGCACUACAUAAUUUACUGGGAGAUUAAAGGUGAUGUCGAAGAUAUGGUUCUUGGUGAAUGUUGCAGAGAAAUGGAUGCUUCAUUUGUUGAUCAUGGGUAUGUAGUCUCAAGGAGAAGCAAUUCAAUUGGGCCUCUAGAGCUGAGGAUUGUGGAGAAAGGAACUUUCAAGAAGAUUUUGGAGUAUUUCAUAGGAAAUGGAUCAGCAUUGAGCCAAUUUAAGACCCCUAGGUGCACUAGCAAUAACGUACUCUUGAGUAUUCUCAAUCUGUGCACCAUUAAGAGGGUUUACAGUACAGCAUAUGCUUAGCAGUAUUGAUCUUGAUGGUUUAGUUUCUUCCAAAUAACAAUUAAUGUAACACCAAGACUUCAGCUGAGAAAUAAAAUUUAACCCUAUAGAAUAUCAAGGAAACUUUGCAUUA